AUGAACAACGCACUGCGCCUGGCGCGCAACGGCCCUUCACGGCCGGCAAGUUCUUCCUCGCAAUGGGCUUGUUUCUUCUGCCAGCAUGCACGGCCGCAGAGUGGCCGUCCUAACUUUGCAGACUUCCGGCGCAAAUUCUCAAACUCACGGCCUCGACGAGAGCAGCAGACACAACACCAGCCGCGGCUGAAUGCAACCUAUGCGCCGUCUAUGGAAAAGGUGCGGGAGCAGUAUAGCCAGAGGAACAAGACGAUAGCCUUCUAUACCCUCAGCGUGAUCAUGGGCACGCUUGCUCUGGCAUACGGCUCAGUGCCUUUCUACAAGAUGAUUUGCCAAACUACUGGUUGGGGUGGCCAGCCUGUCCGAGCCCACGGCGCAUCCGGUGAAGAGAACCAAGACCUCUCCAGUCGCCUCGUCCCCGUCACCUCUGCGAACCGAAUUAAAGUCACGUUUAAUGCGGCCGUGUCUGACAUCCUCCCUUGGAAGUUUGUCCCCCAGCAGCGAGAGGUCCGAGUGCUCCCCGGAGAGACCGCUCUGGCAUUCUACAAGGCGACGAAUCUGGGCGACCAGGACAUUAUCGGCGUGGCGACGUAUAGCGUGACGCCUGCUCAGUGCGCGCCAUACUUUAGCAAAAUCCAGUGCUUCUGUUUUGAGGAGCAGAGGUUAAACGCUGGCGAGACGGUGGACAUGCCUGUGUUCUUUUACUUGGACCCUGAUCUGUUGAACGAUUUCAACAUGAAGGGUGUUGAGACCGUAACGCUCAAUUAUACAUUCUUCAAAGCGAGAUACGAUAACAAUGGCAGAUUUAUGCCUCCUGCUUCAAAAUAA